AUGAGUGAAAACAAAAUCUCGUUGCACCCGGAGCAAAAGAAGUGGAAGGCCCCAAAGGGCCCUAAACCUGUGCACCACAAGAACAAGAACCUUAUUGGUUUGGGUCGUUCUAUUGCCAACCAAAGAAGCAAAGAAAAUGCCAUCGAGUAUCUUCCUGAUGGAGAAAUGAGAUUCACCACCGACAAAAAAGAGGCUGGCUGGGUUAAAUUGCGUUCUGUCACUCAAGAGAAUGCCUUGGACGAGUUUUUGAACACUGCCGAGUUGGCAGAUCAUGAUUUCACCGCUGAAAGACACCAACAAGUCAAGAUCAUCAAAGUAGGAAACACUCUGUUGGUCAAUCAGUCCGGACUUUUGACUGAGGAGGAGACACUCGAGUUGCGUAAGAAGCACCAGUUGUUUGAAAACAAGUUGACUAUUCCUAAGAGACCAAAGUGGCAUAAAGAGCAACUGAAACUCCAAAUCGAAAGACAAGAGAAUUUGGCCUUUUUGGAGUGGAGAAGGGAGUUGGCUGCAUUGACAGAGACCAACGACUUGUUGUUGACUCCUUUCGAACGUAAUAUUGAGGUGUGGAGACAGUUGUGGCGUGUUGUUGAGAGAUGUGACUUGAUUGUUCAGAUUGUGGAUGCUAGAAGUCCUCUUUUUUUCCGAUCGGUGGACUUGGAGAACUAUGUCAACUCCUUGAGUGCUCCUGAGGAGAAUAAAGAGAAGAAAAAUCUUCUUCUUGUCAAUAAGGCCGAUUUGCUCACCAGGGCCCAGAGAGUUGAAUGGGCUAACUACUUCAACGAAAAGAAGAUCAAUUUCGUAUUCUUCUCUGCCUUAAAUGCCAAUGAAUUGUUGGAAAAGGAGCGUGAGGAGGCUGAGCAGAGGCUGAAUCCAUUAUACAAUACACCCAAGCCAAAGGUGGAGUCUGGAGAUGAGUCUGAAAUUGAGUCUGAAGUGGAUACCGAAGAUGAAUCUGAAGUGGAUUCCGAGUCCGAAUUAUCUAAAACACCUGGUAACCCUGAAGCUGCUGUUAUUGCUAAGAAGACAGAAACCAGCGAAACUGUCGAUGUAGAUGAAGACGAAAAUCUGGAUCUUCGAAUCCUCAGAAUAGAGGAAUUGGAGGAAUUGUUUAUGUCUGCAGCACCAAAGUUCACCUAUUCCGAAGAUUACCCAGACCGCAAGUUGCAGAUUGGUUUGGUGGGUUAUCCUAACGUCGGUAAAUCCUCCACUAUCAACGCCUUGGUGGGAUCUAAGAAGGUGUCAGUGUCUGCCACUCCAGGAAAAACCAAGCAUUUCCAGACCAUUUUCUUGUCUCCAGAGGUUCUUUUGUGUGAUUGUCCCGGUUUGGUUUUCCCUAACUUUGCAUACUCCAACGGUGAGCUUGUUUGUAACGGUGUGUUACCUAUUGAUCAGUUGCGUGAACACAUUCCUCCAGUUUCGCUCGUCUGUCAAAGAAUCCCCAAGUUCUACCUUGAAGCUGUCUAUGGUAUCCACAUCCCAAUCCAAAGAAAAGAUGACGGAGGUAAUGGUAUAUAUCCUACCGCUCGUGAGCUUCUAAAUGCAUACGCCAGAGCCAGAGGUUAUAUGACCCAGGGUUUCGGAAGUGCAGAUGAGUCAAGAGCCUCCAGAUACAUCUUGAAGGAUUAUGUUAAUGGUAAACUUCUUUACAUCAACCCUCCCCCUAGGAAGCUUGAGGACGGUUCCUGGGACAUGCCCUCCAUUUUGGAGGCUAGAGAAUUCAACAAAGAUCUCUAUACUUUGCAGACUUUGCCAGAAACUAGACAGCAGCAGAUUUUGUCAGCAUUGACAUCGAAGAAUAUGAAGGUUGACGAGUUUGAUUUGUCCAGAGACUUGGCCAGUCUUAACUUCUCUAUGCAUGUUUCCGCUGCCGAAAACCAGAAAUUCACAGGAAGUGCCGACGCUGGAGCCACUACCCGUUUCUACGGUGGUAGACAGGCAGCUCUAGAGAGUGCGGCAGAUGAUCUCGAUAAAGAGUUCUUUAAGAUGAAUGACGUCCAGGCAAAGAUGAACUCGCCUUUCCACAAGAAUCUGGUUUUGGGUAAGGGCAACAAGAAGCACAAUAAGAAGAAUAAGAAGGCCGACAAGAAAGUCAGGGUUGUGGGAUAUUGA